UCUUCUUGCAUACCUUAAACAAGAGCAACAUGAGGUCAUUUAUGCUCAUUCUAACUAUUCUGUGCUCGUGCUAUGCAUUUUUGGGAGUUCUAGGGGAUGUCGGAACAGCCACUUCAUAUGAUCCGCCAUACUUGCCGACGAAAUGCAAGGGAUAUGACCAGACCCAGUUCCCUGAAGGGGGCUUCUUUGUAGCGGCCAGCGAGGGGUUGUGGGACAAUGGAGCUGCCUGCGGAAGGAGGUACCGGAUGAGAUGCAUCAGCGGCCAGAGAAGACCAUGCAAGGAUGGUUUCAUAGCAGUGAACGUUGUCGAUUUGUGUCGGACCAGCCCAUGUCCAGCAACUCUCCUUCUGUCCAAUAAAGCUUUCAAUGCGAUCUCAAAGUACCCUAAUGCCAAAAUCAAUGUAGAAUAUGCACAGUAA